AGCAUGGCUCACAUGACCUGACGCUGGCGCAGUGCACAAAUGGUUCGGAAAGGAAGAAAGCUUCUCCGUCAGUGUCCAGAGUUGAGAGUGAAGGUAGUGCUCCCGAGUGGCCGUGAUGCAGAAGUCUCAGUGCUUGCGACUUCCAAAAUUGGGGAUCUGAAAGUUGCUGCCCAGAAGUCUUUGGGACAAGGCUUCCUGAAGCUCCUCAGCCCUGAUGGACAACUUUUGAAUCCAACUGCUGCACUUGCAGAGCUUGGACUCAAAGAUGGAGAUUAUCUUGGUGCAGUUGUGCAGUCACCACUGGUGGCAACCACAAACUUCGCCUUUGCUUUGUGGUGUUGCGGAGGCGGUGUUGUUACAUGGGGGGAAUUGGAGGAGGGUGGCGACUGCAGUCCUGUUCAAGAUCGACUCCAAAACGUCCAGAGCAUUCACUCCACAGAUUUUGGUGGCUUUGCUGCACUCCUUGGGGACGGGACAGUGGUCACUUGGGGUUCUGAAACGUAUGGUGGUGACAGCAGCCCAGUGCAAGGUCAAUUGACCAAUGUGCAGACAAUCCAUUCAACGCGUGGUGCGUUUGCAGCCAGCCUGGGUGAUGGAACGGUUUUUGCAUGGGGUGAUCCAGGAUGUGGCGGUGACCCUGGUAGCGAACGAAAUCAGCUUCAGAAUGUGAAAGAGAUUCGGACAAACUGGGGUGCUUUUGCUGCCAUCCUGGGUGAUGGAACAGUUGUUACGUGGGGCAAUGCACUGGCUGGUGGUGACAGCAGCCAAGUCCAGCAUCAUCUCAAACAUGUGAAGGAGAUCUUUCCUACAGAUGCUGCCUUUGCUGCACUUCUUCAUGAUGGAACGGUUGUGGCAUGGGGCGCUUCCUGUUCGGGUGGAGACAUUAGUGGCGUGCGCGAGCAGUUGAGCAAUGUGCAGAUGAUUUAUGCGACAGAGGAUGCCUUCGCAGCCGUUCUCAAUGACAAAACAGUUGUGACAUGGGGUGGAGCUGAAUUUGGCGGUGAUAGCAAAGGUGUCCAAGGUCAACUGAAGGACGUGCAGAACGUAUUGACAAGCCGUUCUGAGUUCUUUGCACUCCUCAGUGAUGGAACAUGUGUUGCAUGGGGGUACAAACCCCCACCAGUGGGAAUGCACGAUCAGCUGAAACACAUGCAGGGUGUUUGUCGAAACAUGGCUGCUUGUGCUGCGCUCCUUGCUGAUGGAACGGUCGCUACGUGGGGCUCUUCGACACAUGGCGGCGACAGCAGCAAGGUUCAGGAUCGUUUGAGAGACGUGCGCGAGAUUGUCGGAACAGAAAGUGCUUUUGCUGCUCGCCUUGGUGAUGGAAGAGUUCUCACAUGGGGCGAUCCUAAGAGUGGUGGUGACAGCGAUGGGGUUCAACAUUCUCUGAGACAUGUACAGAAUAUUCAUUCGACGGACGGGGCGUUUGUCGCAGUGCUCGCUGACGGGACAGUUGUUACAUGGGGCGAUCCAUAUUAUGGUGGUGAUAGCCGGGCAGUCCAGCAGGAGCUUCAAUGGCUGUGGUGAA